CAGAACAUCACAUUACAGAGCAGACUGCAGAUAUCAAUCAUAAUCAUCCGUGAUGCUGUUUUUCGCAAUCCUAGCUACGGUAGUUGCUACAGGUGGCGCUGUGUUUGACUGUGGACGUGAUCCGACCCUGUGUCAAGCCAGCUCUGUUUGUAACAUGGCCAUAGGGCAAUGUAUCUGUGACAACGCCACAACCCACACAGGCAGAGACUGCAGCAUCGUCAUGGCGAACCUAGACCAGACUCCUUGUACCAACACGAGCUGCCAGAACGCCGGCACGUGUACCGGAGACGGAACCAACUCCAACUGUCACUGCACCGAAGACUUCACCGGCGAUCAGUGUGAAAUUCCACGUUACUUGUUAGACUGCAGCGGUGGCACCAAUAUGACCCUCUCCAUCGUCCCCGAGGGCAACUUCGUCAACGGUGCUAUAUUCAUCGAGGGACGUCAAGGUGACGUUAACUGUGAAUUCACCCAGGCCUCACCAGAUGACCCCUACACCAUCACCCUGGAUCACACCGAAAGUAGUUGUUCUGAUGCCGACUACAAUCAGCUGCAAGACACCUACACGCGGAAGGUGGUGAUCCUGUACAACAGUGACCAGGUGACACGCCGUGACGAGCUGGUGACGGCAGUCUGCGGUGACAACAUCCUCACCAAACAGACAUCGACAGUCACCAUCGGCAUGCUGAAUCAGGGCCUCCGCGACAAAGGCUUGGGUAAUGUUCCCCUCGACAGCGACAUCAAUUUCGACAUGACACUCGACGGCAACGUCAUCAACGGCGACCUUAGUUUGGGAGAUGACGUCACUGUUGAAGUAGCCCUGGCAGAAGCAGGCAGUCAAAAAUAUCAAGCUUUCCGUUUAGAGGAAUGUUCAGCGACGAACAACCUGCUCGACAACAACGUCGACUACAGGUCCGCCAACUUCAUUGAAAACAGUUGUCAUGUCCCCGCCCUCGCGUCGGUGACGCUGCAACCGAUGACGACCAACUCCACCACCGGCAGCGUCACCUUCAUGUUUGACGCCUUCAAGUUCAGCAAGGGAGACAAUCUGCUCAUUCGAUGCCGAAUAAAGAUGUGCGAGGCAGCAGCCAACUGUGUUCCGCUGGGUUGUGACCUGACUGGCGCAGGGACUGGACUUGGUCGGCGGAGGAGGAGGAACGUUGAUCAGGAGAAGGUUCUCGGCCGAGUGCUGACCAUCAGAGACCCUCUGCCCGCAAACGGUGAAAGGACAUGGACAACGGUAUCGGACACAUGCAACGUAUCCACGGAGAUUAUUGGCGUCAUCAUUGGCAUGUCCAUACUCAUCUUCUUCCUGCUGGCCAUCUGCACGGCGCUCGCCAUCCGGGCACUGUUCGGCAACAAGCAGCACGUGCAAAAGGAUCCCUUUAGCCAAUCACCUAAGACACAGCUGUCACAUUUGUCCUUCCAGGGCAGAUGUUAAAAAUCCAUAUACUUUCUGAAGUAAAAAUAAUUUUCAUUU